AAAAAAAAAACUCUCACGAUAUUGUAAACCCCGAAACGAAGAUACUCCGUAAUGGCGGAGAAAGUAGCUCUUCCUCUGCUCCUCCCAAAUCCUCCUCCCUCAAAACCUCUAUUUCCUUCUUCUUCUUCUUCUUCUUCUUCACAAUCCGCUAUAGCUCCCCUUCUCCAAGACCUUCUUCUUCACCCCCAAAACCCCCCACAACUCUCCCACAAUCUCCACAUCCAACAAUCCCCUAUCCCGAGAAACCGCACCCGCAUCGGACGGCUCCGAGACGGCAACCGCGGCAAGCCCUGGUCCCACCACGCCACCAUCUCCGCUCAAGGUCAGCAAAUUAUCGACUCCUUACUCGAUCCCAAAUUCAACCCCUCUAAUCUCAACGACCUCCUUUUUCCCUUUAUUCAAUCUCAUACGAAUCAAGAACAACAACAACAACAACAACAACAACAACAACAACAACAACAACAAUUGUCCAUAGAUGUUCUUUGCAUAAUCAAGGGUUUAGGGUUUUACAAGAAAUGCGACUUGGCUUUGAGCGUUUUCGAGUGGUUGAGGAAUUGUGAGGGGUUUCAAAUGGUUUUGAGUUGCUCCAUUGUUGCUGUCAUUGUCACAAUGCUUGGCAAAAAAGGCCGGGUUUCGACGGCGGCUUCUUUGAUUAGUAGUCUUCAGAAAGAUGGGUUCGAGCUUGAUGUUUAUGCUUAUACUUCUUUGAUAACUGCUUAUGCUAGUAAUGGGAGGUAUAGAGAUGCUGUUAUGGUGUUUAAUAGAAUGGAAGGAGAGGGCUUUCAGCCAACUUUGAUAACUUAUAAUGUGAUUAUGAAUGUGUAUGGGAAAAUGGGUAUGCCUUGGAGUAAGAUUGUUGGCCUUGUGGAGAGUAUGAAGAGCGCCGGGAUUGCUCUUGAUUCGUACACGUAUAAUACGCUUAUAAGUUGUUGUCGACGCGGGUCUUUGUAUGAGGAAGCUGUUAAGGUUUUUGAGGAUAUGAAGGUGGCUGGGUUUACACCUGAUAAGGUUACUUAUAAUGCAUUGUUGGAUGUGUACGGGAAGUGUAGGCGGACUAAAGAAGCGGUCGAGGUGUUGAGGGAGAUGGAGGUUAAUGGGUUUUCUCCUAGUGUUGUGACUUACAAUUCGUUGAUAUCGGCGUAUUCGAGAGAUGGGUUAUUGGAUGAAGUCAUGGCAUUGAAGACUGAGAUGAUGGAGAGAGGGAUUAAGCCUGACGUUUUUACCUUCACCACCCUUUUGUCGGGGUUUGAGAAGGCUGGGAAAGAUGAAUUUGCGAUGAAAGUUUUUGAAGAGAUGAGAAGUGCGGGCUGCAAACCGAAUAUCUGUACCUUUAAUGCUUUGAUUAAGAUGCAUGGUAAUCGGGGAAAUUUUGCGGAAAUGAUGAAAAUAUUUGACGAGAUCAAAGCCUCUAAAUGUACACCGGAUAUUGUCACUUGGAAUACACUUUUGGCAGUCUUUGGCCAAAAUGGGAUGGAUUCGGAAGUGUCCGGAGUGUUCAAGGAGAUGAAGAGGGCAGGGUUUGUACCAGAGCGGGACACGUUUAACACCUUAAUCAGUGCAUAUAGCAGGUGUGGUUCUUUUGACCAAGCCAUGGAAGUUUAUGAGAGGAUGCUGGAAGCUGGUGUUACCCCGGAUCUGUCAACCUACAAUGCUGUUUUGGCAGCACUGGCUCGGGGAGGGCUUUGGAAACAGUCUGAAAAAAUACUUGCUGAAAUGAAGGAUGGUCGUUGUAAACCCAAUGAGCUUUCCUAUUCUUCUUUGCUUCAUGCUUAUGCCAAUGGCAAAGAGAUUGAUCAGGUGCUUGUUCUUGCUGAAGAAAUAUACUCCGGGAUUAUCGAACCACAUGCUGUGCUCUUGAAGACCCUUGUUCUAGUUUGCAGUAAAAGUGACCUUCUGAGCGAAACAGAACGUGCCUUUUCGGAAUUAAGUAAAAGAGGAUUUUCACCCGACAUAACUGCUCUAAACGCCAUGCUGUCAAUUUAUGGAAGGAGGCAGAUGGUCAACAAGACUUAUGAGAUUCUGAGCUUCAUGAAUGAGAGUGGGUUCACUCCAAGCUUGACAACUUACAACAGUUUGAUGUACAUGUAUGCUCGGUCUGAAGAUUUUGAAAGAUCAGAAAAAUUUUUAUGGGAGAUCCUGGAGAAGGGUAUGAAGCCUGAUACUAUUUCUUACAACACCGUCAUUUAUGCCUACUGUAGAAAUGGUCGUAUAAGAGAGGCUUCCCGGAUAUUCUCAGAAAUGAAAGAUUCUGGGAUAGUUCCGGAUGUAAUAACUUAUAAUACCUUUAUUGCAAGUUAUGCGGCUGAUUCGUUGUUCGUUGAAGCUGUUGACGUGAUCCGUUACAUGAUCAAGCAUGGCUGUAAGCCAAACAAAAACACGUACAACUCCAUCGUAGAUUGGUACUGUAAGCUCGGUCGGCAAGAUGAGGCAAAGAUGUUUGUUAGUAAGCUUAACAACCUCGAUCCACAUGUUCCAAAGCAAGAGGAGUCCAGAUUAUUAGAACGUAUAGCAAAAAAAUGGUCAUAGGUAAAUCAUCCUCUGUCAACAGAAAUCACAGGUUGUUGGCAUUCUCUACUGCACCACUCUGGUAUGUGCAUCCCAGUCAUGGUCUCUUUUUUCUAUGCCAAUGUUGUAGAUCGUUUUGACAGGGACAGGAAAAGAGAUGUAUUGUGUAGAUUAUUUUUUGUUUUUCUUGAGAUUCACUGCCAGAGAUAUAGUAUUUAGAGCUGAGAACUAUAUAUUUGUUCAACACAACUGAGCUGCCUGAUGUUGUAUAGUUGAAAUGAGACUUGCAGAUGGGAAAUUGAGUAACUUCUAGAUGAUGUAAAACUUACUUCUAUAUUAAUCAUACAUAGCCAAAUGUGUAUUUAAUUUUUUCUGCCUUUGGUUUCUUUGUUCUAUAAUAUCAUCUUACUUUGAAAAAAUUGCUUUAUGAAU